CCUUAACUCAUCUUUGUGUUUAGUGUUUACGUAUUUCGAAAAUAAAAGCGUGCUUAGUUUUUCAAAUGCUUCUAACCAGACAGUGAAUAAGCUGGAUGCACAAGUAUGGAGUGUGAAACUCGUGACAGCAGUAGCUCCGAUGAACUGGAACACUCAGAGGAUGAAACAGAAAUACAAAAGGAGCUGAUGGAAAUGCUUGACACAGCUGAACUUUUAGACGACGAGAGAUAUUCCCCCUUAAUGAUUGAGAGGCUGAAACAUCUGGAGAUUCUGUUGACCUUUGACAUCCCAGAAACACACUGCAUUGAGCAUAGGUUCGACAGACCACCCAACGAAAGUGAGGACGAGCGUUUCGAGAGGCUGGAAGUCGAAAUAAAACGUGGGUACUUUGACCCGAGUGAAGAUGAAAUAAUAAAAAGAAACUGGGAGUCAUUUUCUAAGAUAUAUCAUUUUGAAGAUCCACAACUGUUCUUCUCACUUAAACACCUACAGCCAAGGCAGAAGGUGAAAUUUGUGCAGUAUCUUGGUCAUGGCUUACCCAAGAGGAGACUGUAUAGUAUAUUUACCAGAUUUAUAAAUCUGUAUAGAGCAAAAUGGGUAGGAAGGUUCACAAAGCAUGAGGACAAGCUAAUAAAAAUGUAUAUGGAGACGAAGGGAAAAAACAAGUACAAGGAACUUGCAAAAAUCCUUGGUAGGGAUAGGAUGUCAGUCUACAGGAGGUGUGUGCUUCUGGCGAAGAAUGGAGAAAUGCCGGAAAAAAUUGUUUGGACAUACGAAAAGGUGGAGGAAAUGGUGCGUCUGCUGGUAACUGUCUGCGGUGUUGACCAUGUGGAGGAAUUUCGUGGACAUCUGAAUAUCAAACAUCAAUUUUGGGAUCUUGUUGGCAUUCGUAUGGGUUUACCGAAAGCUCGUCUAGUUCGCUUCUGGAGGUGCAAGCUAUAUACACAGAUUUUUGCAAAGAGACCCAUCACUCGUAAUGGCGUAUCCGUUCACAUAAUUAAUUGGUUAAGGAAAGCCAAGAUAAAGUACUGGCAGAAUAUAAGGUGGAAAGAAAUUGGAAAGGCCUACGAUGAAGGUGUCACAGGAGAGUUCCUUGUACAGAUUUUCUACUCUCUAGUGCAACGUAGGGUGCCAAAGCAAUAUUGGCACAAAGUUAAAGCCACUCUGCACUAUUUGAAGCAGAUACUUCCAUUACUUGAAUGCAGACGAGACAGGAGAUUGCAGAGACUGCAGUUUGACAGGGACUGUAAGCUCCAUUUAGUUCACGAUCAGGAAAACUGUGAUACAAGUGGCUGUUAAAUGAUGCUGUUAUUGUUUUGUACAAAGUUUUCUACUUAUUUAUAAAAAAUAUUUAUAUUUUUCAA